UGGACAAGGCGUUCUCCAUAAACUUGACCACCAAGGCGGACUGGAAAAAUAAAAAUCUUCAGAUCCAACCGGGCAUUCAUGCAUGGUUUACUGAUGGAUCUGGAGCAAACGGCUGCUAUGGAGCAGGCAUCUACUGUCCAGGAUCAAAUCACAGAGAGUUUUUCUCUCUGGGUAAAUUGGCCACGGUCUUUCAAGCGAAAGUCCUGGCCAUUCUGGAAUGUACAAGACUCCUACUCUCAAGAGAGACAAAAACUAGGAGGAUCAAUAUCUAUACGGAUAGCAAAGCAGCCAUAGGAGCUCUUGCCAAGACCACCACUGAAUCUUUAGUGGUUUGGGACUGUAUGCAAGCUCUAAACAGAUUGGGCAAGCAAAACAACAUCACGCUUGUCUGGGUACCUGGCCACCAAGGUAUCCAAGGAAAUGAAGUGGCUGAUAGUCUGGCAAAACUGGGAACCUUGGAGGAACCAGUCUGCCAGAAAGUUGGAGUUCCCAUUGCGACAGAGAAAAACCAUAUCAAGGACUGGCUGAAAAGGGAGCACAGGAUCUCUUGGGAGAUACUGAAGAGCUGCCGCCAAGCUAAGGCCCUGAUGACUCAGCCAUUGCCAGGUAAGACCAAAGAACUACUGACAAUGAGUAAGUACAGACAAAGACUGUGCAUAGGUCUCCUCACAGGGCAUUGGGCCUUCAAGGCACAUUUAUUCAACUUAGGCCUUGUUGAGGAGAGUAGUUGUAGAUUUUGUAGUGAGGAGGGGGAGGACAGCGUGCACAUAUUGUGUCGCUGCCCGUCUCUGGCACUCAAAAGAUUCAGAUUUUUGGGCUCCAUGAACGGACUCACCAAACCGAUGAACAUCCGGACUUGCCGCUUUUGUCCCUGGAUCUUCUUUGACUACGGACCCUGGAUGAUGGCUGCGGACAACGGGCUUCUGACUGAGUCAUCGAUGGAUAAAGGUUCCAAACAGGUGCUGUCAGUCUCUGAGAGCCUGCCAGACCUAAAACAAGCACAAAGCGUUAAUUAUUUGUUAAACUUGCAGUAUCGUUUCUACAAAAGAUGCUUCUUACGCACGCCAA